CACAACAAAAAUGGAUCCAGUUUUAAAAACUUUGUAAACAUUCAAGUUGUUGACCGCUGUAGCAGAAGCAGCUAGACCAAGGACAAAGGCAUGGUGUCCAGGAAACCACAGAAGACUCUUGUGACUAUUUAAGAUAUAAAAGGAAAAAGAGGAGACACACGGUACGAGAAAGGAGAACUCGGUUGAAGGAGAAAGAUUGGUGUUCUGAAGGAGACCGGGAAGAGUCCAUCAUGGAUGGUCAGGACUCCUAUCAGGAGCUGGACCAGGAGUUUGACAAGAUUCUGGCUGACAUGAAACCACAUGUCUUGAAACUUCCACAGAAAUCAGAUCGACAAAGAUGUGCAGUUUGGAUUAAAAAGCUGUGUGAGCCUCCAGCAUCUGGAAUAAUUGGCAGGAAGAAUCGCAACAUGUAUACCCAGCUAAUGCUUCACAUGUUGAAACGUGGCAGUCUUGAGGGACCAUUUGAUAAGAAACCAGACGAAGGACCAUUACCGACUCUUCCCCCAUAUAUGUCUAUUUAUUUUGAUGAGUCGGUUGAUACCAAGAGAAGUAGAACAUUUGACGAUGAUAAAGUUCCCGACUGGGUGAAUGGAGAGUUAAUGGAGUCAGUUGGAUCAUCAGUGUUUCUCAGGUCAACCCUGGACCGGCCUGCCGCUUCAUCCACUUGGCUGUCCAGCAGCUCGGGUCAUCAAGUCAAACAGAGGCCACAUUCCAGUAUGGGUCUCAGUUUGGACAAGGAACCAUCGUUUUCACCACCUCGCCGAACCUACCUCCCCCGGGAAGAGAAGACAGUGGGUUUUUCCAUGACUGAAGAUUCCGACUGGAGCAAGCCCUACACAUCUACUCUCAGUGCGAGCCAGUCACUACCAAGAGGAACAACUUUUCAAGAAGAUGUUAUUGGACAGACUACAGACAGAGAGAUUGAAAUGAGAGCCAAAAUGAUUGAGGCUAAAUAUCAUGAAGAAAAAUUGAAAUUACAACAAAAACAUGACACAGCUGUCCAAAAAAUUCUUGAUAGAAAAAAUGCAGAAAUUGAAGAUGUAAAAAGUCACUAUAGAGGGAAAGCCAGUGACUUGGAAGAAACAGUAACAAAGCUUGAAAGAAAAAUUCAUUCGUUGGUGAAGGAAUCUCAGGUACUGAGAGAGACCAAAGACAAACAGGUCACAGAACUGAAGAAACUCAUAGAUGAGACUAAUAUAUCAAGGAAGGCAGAGUUUGACAAAAAGCUGCAUGAUGCUCAUUCUGAGUUUGAGAAGGAGAAGUUUGAAAUGCAGAAGCAACACACAAAGAAUAUUCAGGAAAUUCUCGAUGACACUAACUCGAGGCUGCAGCGCAUGGAGCGAGAAUACGUCCAGCAGACUGAGUCAACAGCGAGUGUUAUAAAGGAGCUGGAGUCGCGUGUUCAGCAGCUCACAGAGGAGGUGGACAAGACCAUCCAACAGAAGGUGAGCCUGGAGGAGCAGGUCAUCACCAUGGAGACGAGGUCGAGCCAGCUGAACGAGGAAGUGAAUGACCUGCGUGACCGUCUGCUGCAGGAGGAACGCGACCACCAGACCACGCUGGCGGGCCACGAGCAUGAGAUGAGGACUCUGAAACACAAGACCGAGGCCAGCCUUGAAUUCCUUAAACAGGAGCAGACCAUGUCCGCUGCCAAGGCAAUGGACACAAUAGAAGACCUGCAACAGCAAGUGGAACAUACCAAGAAACUUCUUAAGGAUACAGAGGAACAGCGGCAAAGACAAAUGCGGGAGCUUGAGCAGGUUCACCAGCAAGAUAAGCUGCAUUUAGAAAACCUCCAUGACAAAGAGAUCCACAGUAUGAAGAAAGAACUGGAGCAGCUGGACCAAGAUUCCCAGAAGAAGAUUAAAAGACUUGAACAACUCAUUUUAGAAAAGGAGAAAGAAAACACAAAGUUACAAGAACAAAUCCAUGCCCAGGCUGUCCAAUCAGAGAAGGCCUUGCAGGAGUUCAAGGCACAGGUUGAGAAGAACCAGAUUAAAGUUUACGAUGACAUGAAAAAACAGAUGGACCAGGUUGAGAGUGAUUUGAACAAGUCGAAGCAGUUGCGAGAGAAGCAGUGUAAGGAGUUCAGCAGACAGCUCGAUGAACAGGCCUACAAACACGACCGAGAGCUCCAGGAGCUGAAGCAGAGGUAUGAGAAUGAAAAGUCACAGCUGCUGCGCGAUUUCCACGUCCAGAAGGAAUACAUGAUACAGGAACAUGAGCGAGAUCUGGAUGUGUUGAAGGAGAUGAACCGCAAGGAAAUGCAGGAGCUGGAGACCAGGCUCAGCAGCAGACAUGAGAAAGAUUCCAAGACCAUCUCUGAACUGGAAGCUCAAGUGCGAGAACUGAGGGAAGAGCUCGUUCAGUCCAACCAGCUGAGGAAACAGCAGCUGGUCGAGCUGGGACUGCUCCGAGAAGAGGAAAAACAAAAGAUGCAGAGAGACCAUGAGGCCGAGGUGUUACGGUUACGCAGUGAACUAGAGCAGCAGAGACUGGAGCUGCAGAAGACGCACAGCACGGAGAUGGAAACCAUGCUGGAGAAGACCAAUCAUAGGCUGAAGGACAUUGAGAGAGAAUAUUCUGAAAGGGGACAGAAGUCAGCAGAGCUGCUGCCAGAUAAUCUUACAACAGCUGAACUUCAUGCCACCAUCAACCAACUACGAGAUGAGAAGAAGCGACUUCAAGAAAGCAAAGACAAGAUGAUUGCAGAUGUGAACAGUCAAAAUGAAGAGGUCCGGAAAUCACUGAAAAAACAGUAUUCAUCAACUCUCACGAGUCUUCAAAAGGAGCUGGACAACCAUCGACAGCGGACACGCAAUCUCGAGAGACAGCUACAGAAGGAAGAAUCCGAACAUGAAGCUAAGAUGACGCGAUUGAAGCUGAGUUACGAGGACCGACUGAGGGGACUGAUCCCGGUUGAAGUCAGACAGGAAUUGGAAGAUACAAUCGAGUCACUGAAGUCACAGGUCAAUUCUUUACAACAGAGGGCAGCAGUAUUGCAGGAAGAACUAGAUUUGCGGAUCAUGAACACACUGGCACCAUUUGGCUCAAGAACAAGUUCUCCAAUAAAGUCUUCAGUCUAAGAAAUACUAAGGAAAAAGAAAUUGUUAGACAAAAAAUUAUUAGACAAACUACUUGUGGACUGCAAACCCUGUCAUCAGUUUGAAUGCAAAGCAGUCAACUAUUAAUAUUAUCUGUUGACAGUGUGCCAGUCACCGCAUCUGUUGCAUAGGUGUUGUGAAACAGUGGACCAGUGGGAGAAGCACACAUUAAGUAGAGCCUGCUACAGACUACGUGUGGGAUCACUGCCUUGAUAAAUGCUACAAGAAUGCCAUAGCUAGGAUUUCAAAAGGAACGAAUUGUCUAUGUUAAGAUGUGGACUUUCCUCAGUAUUUGUUAGAAAUUGUUUUACUAUGUUGGCCCAACCUUAGAGAAGUACAAGUGGUGCAUAGGCUACAUUUUACAUUCCUUAGAACUUCACGAGCCUGCACACUGUUUAAUGUAUACAAUUAUAAAACAUUACCAUAAUUAUAUCUUAUUUAUUUUUGAAAUGUUUGAAACACUACAUGUACAUUUUUAUUCCUCGAGAAAAACAUGCAACUAGCUCAACAAACAAAAUUAGUUUUAAUACUAUUUUUUUUAUGGACUGUAAUUUAAUUACAUAAUGAAGUUUAACUUGUUUUAUCCAUUCCACAAACUUUUAAUUAGACAUACUUUUUAUUGCUGAGUAUCAUUUAUUUUUGUUUAAUUGCUCAGAAAUUAUGAAAUUAUACAUUAUCACAUCUCCUGCCAGUUCUGGUAUUAAAAAGCCUGGAAAUCUAUAAAUUAAAUUCAUAUUUUGUGUUGUGUUACAAUGCAUUCCUUGAUGUCUUGGUAAGAAUAGAGUUUUUGCAGAGGGGUUUUUUAUUCUCUUUUUUUUAUGUAUUUUCUGGGGGAACAUGACCCGACCCCACAAAAAGUUAGCUCACCACAGUCUAGACCCCACUACUGAAUAUUUUCUACACAUCUGCCUGGUGUGGUGAGAGUGGGUUUUUUAACUCUGUAUCUGGACCAAGUGACUGAUUAAAUAAUGUGUUUAAGUAUUUACAUUCCUUUUAUUUCCUUGUGUUCAUCAGUUAAACUACCACUUGUUGAAGUGCACUUUACUCAUUGUUAACUGUCAUGUUUUAAAAUGGCCAUAUUCACAUGUACAAAAUAUUAUUAUGUGUAUUCAAAUUACUAAGUCCUGUGGUGUAAAAAGCUUGACUUACUUCUCAUAGCAUUAUUUACUAACACAACAUAUUAACAAUAAUUAGCAGUAUAUUCAAGAUUAUAGUUUUAAAGCAAUCUGGAAUUUGUAUGUAAGAACUUAUUUCGGAUGCCCUGACCUUUACAUGCAUGUUGAAGUCAAUUUUAAUGUACAUACAUUUGAGCUCAAAAUCAUCUUAAUUGAAGUGCCUUUUGUAAUGUCAUUAGAUAAGGCCAAUUAAUGUUUAUUAUUAUUGAUUAUUAUUUUGUUUAUUCCUCCACUCUUUGCUGGCACCACAUUCGUUCCUGUUACCUGUAGAAAUAAUAGCCGUCUGCUCUUGGAAUUGUAGCAUAAUAUAACUAGCAUUUAAUUGUCUUAUAGAAAUCUUAUUUUAUCAAGUCUUUUUCUAACUGCUCAUGUUCCAAUCUUGUAAGAUUUAUUAUUUUUACGUUCUUCUAGGGAUAACUAAUAAAUCAAUGUGCUCUGGUCGUGUCGUUCAACAAAACAAAAUGUUUCUCUUCUAAGGACCCAGUUCAGUUCUUUACAUCCAUCCAUGUGUGUGUUACACUGACAUUACAAGACUUUAGCUCAGUACUUCUAAGGACCCAGUUCAAUUCUUUACAUCCAUCCAUGUGUGUGUUACACUGACAUUACAAGACUUUAGCUCAGUACUAAACAUUCAGUAAGUUAUAGGGACUAUUCCAGGGUCAUAAAUAGUGGGGGUGCAAGUGGGACAGUGGCAUACUCAGACAAAUGUGAUAAAGUUUCUAUUUUAAGUAAGAAGUACCCUUCUUGUCUAUCAGGAGAAGUUCCUGUAUUGCUGUGCCUUGAUUCUGUUUGUACCAUCAUCUCAGUUACACACUUCUGAUCGACACCCGAUUACUUUUGUAUAGUUUUGUGUUGGGGUGUCGUUAACAUUCACCCAUUCAUUGCUAUUUACUGUAGGCUAGAAAGAGCCUUGAUUCCCUUUUAUUGACAGAAUUCAUUGGGGUUCGAAUUCCCUGUUCCAGCCAGAUCUUCGUGGCUUGUGUAACCACAUCAACGGUUGUUAGGUGCUAAUCCUGUCUGUGGAAUUAAUAGUGUGUAUAAAAGACCCCUUACUCUUAAUAUUUUAAAGAAUGCAUGUGUCAGCACUGUAGAUCAGGUUUGGCAAACACGUAAUCAAAAAGACCCCUUAUUGUUAAUAUUUUAAAGAAUUGAUGUGUGAGCACUGUAGAUGAGGUGUGGCAAACACGUAAUCACUGUUUAAACAAUGUGCUGGUAUGUUUAUAGACAUUUUCUUCUUUCAUAAUGUUAUAGUUUUAAACUACCAACUUAUACAGAUUCUUCUUCACUCCAAGCUUUUGUUUAAGGGUUAGGUUUUUUGUUAGGUGGAUAGGGGUGUCUUGUAAUAAUUUACUUUUUACAGAAAUUUGUGAUCUCUAUUUUUAUAGUAUUUUUCAUCAUCAUUUUUUUAAAAAUAAAAUUGAGUUUUAUCAUUGUUGUUAUUAUUAUUAUUUUAUCUUCUUCGUGACUGUAUUUUAUGUACAUUAUUCAUAACUGAUAUUGAAAUUUUGUACCCUAGUUUUAACAUUCUAAAAGCAUAGCUAUAUAUAGGCCCAAACAUUGAUAUCCAUUCAAAAUCCAAAAAUGUAAAUGAAAACGAUGUUCACAACAUCAUCUGUAUUAGUAUGUUUAAACAAUGUCUCAAGUUUCAUUAUUUAAGUUUAUUCAAAAUUAUGUUUACCCUAAAAGGCUUUUAGUUUCUAGAGUAGAAAUGAUUCCCAUACAUUUUAUAUAAUAUAUAGAUAACUUACAUGCAAGUCGAAAUUAUGGAAGAUCAGACUUUGUUUUAUUUGUGCAGCCUUGCAUUCCAGUGUUUAUAAUGAUUGAUGUAAUUUUGUUUUUGCAUAAAGAUCAACAGUAUUAAUUAACAUCCGUCCAUACAUACAUUUUUAAGCCAUAUUAUGUAGAUCUACUUACUUUUUAUUUAAAUAUGUUUGUUGUUUUUUAUUUAACCGUAUGUAUCAUUAUUGUGCAAAAGGGUAAACUUAUUUUUCCUAAAUGGUUAUCUCUUGUUUAUUUGACAUUUUAUUUCAUUAUUUUCUACUAAGGGACUGUCCUGAGUUUGCAUCCAUUGUAAGAUGUUUUGGACUAACAGAAUCGUUUUGGUAACUAAAAUUACAUAUUAAAUACAUUUUCUUGUUUAGAAUAUUAGUGUCCAGGGCUUCUACAUUAUGGUAGCCCCACUCCAAUGGCUAGUGAUAUUCAAUAUUGGGCUAGUAAAUAACUACUAUUGCAAUGCCCGACUGCUAGUGAAUUUUUCUUUGUCAAAUGUUGCAGUUAAGUCUAUUUUGUAAAUAUUAAUAUCCUGCCCCCACCCCAUCCCCCAAUGUUAGUGUUUGUAAACUCUAUCUCCUUUAGGUGACAUAUCUGAUUAUUACUAUUAUUUAGUAAAAUUGUAUUAACUUAAAAGUAAAGUAGGGCUGGUGAAUGUUUAAUUUGAUUAGUGAAUGUUUUAAAUCACUGAUCCAAUGGCUUGUGGAUUGUAUAAAAAUUCUAGAAUCCCUGGUGUCUGUAUAACAUACUUAAUAUGUAAUUGUACAUGUACCAGGUAGUUAACAAAAAGUCUUGGUUAGUUGGAAAUAUCUUACACUGGAAGCAAACUCAAGACGGUCCCUUUAAUAUGUGUAUCAAGAAGACCGAGGGUUUUUUUUUUUGGGGGGGGGGGGGGUUUAUAUGGGGGAGUAGGUGUUGGAAUGGAGGAACAGUUAAGUGAGUGUUCAUAUUAUGAAAAAAACUACUUUUAAAAUUGUAAGUACCGGUAGCUAUCCCAGAUUGUCUCAUACCGGUAUAGUUGUAUUUUUUAAAAGUGACUGUUGCUAGUCUGUGUCAGUUUUCAAUAGCAUAAUGGUUUAGUUAUAAUAAUGUUAAAGUGAAAGAAUCUAUCAUGGCAUCAAAUAGUAUUUCUUCUUUUAGUGGUAGGUUUACACAAGUAAUUAUUUAAGCAUGAAAUACAGUUGAUAUUAUUUUCUAGAUAAUAUUAAAUUGUUACAGCAUUAUUUUGUAUAUAUUGGUAUUGAAUAUAUCCAGUAAACUUAAAUGUAUUAAAAUAUAUUGAUCACUG